AUGGGCAACUUGUUGAGCUCCUCGGGCAUUCCUAAGGAGAAGCUCGAAUUGGCCGAACAGGAGCUCAAGGCUCGCCAGGACAUCAUCGACGCAAAGACUCGAGAGCUCGAGGCCAAGCAGAAGGAGCUCUCUGCCUCCAAGCACGCCUCCGAGGGUGCCGCCAAGGAGAUCGAACAACUCAAGAAGAGGGUUUCAGAACUCGAUGCGCAAAACCAGGCCUUGCUGAAAGAGAAGCACGAGACGGAGCACAGACUGCAGGCUCAAGAGAAGGAGAGGGAUGAGCAGCGCCAGGCCCUCGAGCGUGUCAGCCAGAGCGUCACUCAAGAACGCGAUCAGGCACGCAAUGAGCUGAGGGCGCUGCAGGACAAGCUCGGCAGCUUGACACACAGCAACAAGCAGUUGGAAGAAGAACUGAACGCGGUCAAGAUUGAACUCGGCAAUGCGCAAGAGGCACGCGAGAAACUCGAGAGCCACCUCCGUGCAGAGCUGCAGUCAUUCCAGGACAAGCUCACGGAGAGCGAGCAGAAGUACGGUAGCCUUCACGAUGCGCACAGCAAGUUGGAGAGCGACUUCGAGACCACCAAGAAGCAAGCCGACUCUUCCAUCUCCGCGACCAAGACCGAUCUGGCCGAAGCACUGCAGAAGAUCUCCAUCAUCCAGCAGUCGAGCGAGGAUGCGGCUAAAGAGAGUGAGGGCAAGCUUCUUGCAGUCCAGGCCGAUCUCGAGCAAGCCCAUCAGAAGGUCAGCUCCCUGGAGAAGGCAAAGGAGCAGCUCGAGGCCCAGGCCGGCGAGAAGAUUGCCUCUCUCGAGAAGGACCUCUCUGAAGCUCUUGGUCGAGUCAAAGAGCUGCAGAGCGUCAACGACGCACUCACCAAAUCCACCGAAGCAGUCGACAUCACCGCCAAGGAACUCGCCGAUACCACAGCCAAGCUUGCCGCCCUCAAGAACGAGCGUGACGAGCUCAAGCGUACAUCAGAGGAGAACGCGAUAGCUCUUAAGAAGAAUCUGGACAACGCGCGCGAACAGCAUGCGUCGCUCCAGGUUGCGCAUAACAAGCUCUUCGAAGAGCUCUCCGCUAUCAAGACCACGCUUGCAGAGACCAGCCAGAAGGAGAAGGAUGAGUCUGAGUCGCAUACCGCUGAGAUUGAGAAGUACAAGUCUGAGCUUGAGAAGCUGCAGUCAGCGGGCAAGAACACCGAGGAAGCUGAGAGAAAGUUGAAGGAGAUCCACGAGGUCGAGAUCAAGAAGGUUAAGGACCUUGCCAGCGAGGCCUUCGCCAAGGUCAAGACUGUCGAGGGUGGGAGCGAAGAGCUCAAGAAGCAGCAACAGGAGUCGGCCAAGGAGCUCGAUGAGCUUAGAAAGGUCAACGAGGAGGCACAGAGCAAGAGCAAGGAGGCUGAGGAGAAGCUGAAGGCAGCUGAGGAGGCAAAGAACUCCCUCUCGUCCCGUGUCUCGUCUCUCGAAUCCGAGAAGUCAAGCAUCGAGACCUCCAAGUCAGAGCUCUCGUCGCAGCUUGAGCAAGCCAACAAGGAGAAGGCCGAGCUCCGGAAGAAGGUCCAGGAGGUAGAGGACCUCCUGAAGAAGGCUGCUGAGUCCGCCCACAACGUCGAGCACGCCAGCGAAAACGUCAAGUCUGGCGUUGAGGAGGCAACCCACGAGGUGACCGCGGCAGCAUAG